AUGCUCAUAAAUCAGGUUCUGCGAUAUGAAGGAAAUCUUCAUGAUGCAUGUUCAUUUGCAAUGAAAGCAGCACUUAGUGAAACAAAAGUUCCUGCUUUAAAAGUGGUUCAUGAUGAAGAGACGAAUGAAGUUUCAGUCGACGUUUGUGAUGAUCCAUAUGAAUAUGGUGUUCUUGAUGUAUCGAAAUUACCUUUACUGAUUACUGUUGGACAAAUAAAUGGAGUUCAUACUGUUGAUACAACAAUCAAAGAAGAUUCAGUUACUUUAGCAAGAAUAACUUACGGUAUAAUACCAUCCGGUUCUAUUGUUUAUAUGAAUAAAGAUGGUGGGGGUAGUCUCGAUUUACUAAAUAUCCGUUCCAUGACAAAAAUUGCUAGUGAGAUUGGACCACAACUGAAUGAAUUAUUAAUGAAAAAAGUUCAAUUAAGUAAAGACAAACAAGCUUCAUGGGGGCAUGCUAAUGAACGACUCCUUUUUGACGAUGAUAAUUUCGUCUGA